GUUGUUAUUGUUGUUAUUGUUGUUGUUAUUGUUGUUAUUGUUGUUUUGGUGAUCUUCUCAUUGUUGAUUUUUACAGUUUUUUUCCCCCAUUUUUGUGACAACCAAAAACCGCACUUUUUUUGGUUUGAGGUUUUAUUUUUUAUUUUUUUUAUUGUUGUUCGCUGCUUCCAAACUCAGACUUCAACAAGCACGCAAAAAAACAACUCACAACAAUCUCAUCCAUGUCUGUCUCACCCAACGGCGGCGGCGGUGGCGGUGGCGGCGGCGGCAGAGUCAAGCGCAGUGCGUCGGAGGAUGAUGAUGCGGACUGUGAAUUGACCGCCGCUGUUGCUGUGCUCCGAGACAAGCAGCGCGAGCUCGACCGCGUCAACAGCGACCUGCACUUCUACCUUCAGAAGAUAGAACAAGAGCAGCAGCAACAGCAGGAUGCAGCAGCAGCGGAGGACGCCGUCCAAGCGGUCGAGCAGCUCGCGCGUCUCAAGGCCGAACUGACGCUCUCCCUCGAAGCCCUGCUGCAGCAGCACCCGCAGCUGAGUGACCACGCGGCAGCAAUAGCAUCUGGAGGACGAAGAGAAGCAGGAGCGAGCUUGGACAGGAGGACUGCUGCGGACUAUCCCCCUUCGCCCAAGCGGUGGCGGCUGGACGCUGCUGCUGCUGCUGCUGCUGCUGCUGAACAGUCCCAACUACAACUACAGGAGGCCCAAUUACCACACAAUGGCUUGCUGAUGGCAGAUCAAUACGCCGGCCACGUCCUACAGAAUGACGACCAGCGGGACGCGCUGCAUGUGCUGGCAGCCGCAGAGCAGGAGCACCAUCUCGCGCUCCAGCAGAGUCAUCCCGAGGCCCACUUGACAUUGAUCCAGGCCGUGGCGGAGGCCAACCAUGUUGCAGUCGCCCAUCUGAGUCAGGCAGCUGCGGCUCCGACGGAUGCACAGAAUCUGCUCCUGCAGCAAGCGCUGUCGGACGAGGCGUCGUUGCCGGGGAUUGUCGAGUACUCUCAGAUUUCGUACGUCGCUGAGCAACCCGAGGCAUCAUCCUCAUCAUCAUCAUCCAGCUCCAGCGGGCAGCGGAAUCCAGCAGCUCGCUCGUUGCUGCGAAACCAGCUGCUGCUUCACAGCGAGCGACACGGACAUCGGUUGACGCUCCCACCCUCCACGGCGUUGUUCGAGCCCACAACACCCGUCCGGUCUGGCCCGCUCGGGAUUGACGAUUCCGAGUUUGAUGCGAUCGACGUUGUGCCGGCCUCGCCACGGCCGUCCGCGGCCAUGCACCAGCAGCAACUGUACCAGGAGGCCACCCGAUACAGCAAUUACGGCGACUACGAGAGCUUUGAAUCGUCCGCAGCGACGGCGGUUACCAGUGGAAGCAUCAUGCUAGCCCACGCUCGCUCCUCGUCCUACUCGACACGAAGAACGGGCUACAUUCCAGGCAACAUGAACGGCGCAUUCUUUUCGGAAGUGACCAUCUCCACAGGCCCAACGGCGAGCUUGCAGCCGCCAGAGCUGUCGCUGGGCGAGCUGCGAACAACGUCAGAGUGGCUCAAUGCUGGGCGCAUCCUCGAGCUUGCCCAGCAACACAGCGAUAUGGGUAUGAUGGCACCUCCAGCCUAUGCUGAGCAGGGAAAUGCUGGGUUGUGGUUGUAGCUAUCAGGGCUGUUUGUUAUUUUGCUUUUUUUGUAUUUGUAUGCGACAAGGGCUUCAUUUCAGGGUUGAUUUCUCUGUCAAAUUUCGAUUGUUUGGGCUCCGGACAAUGUGAUAGUGUGAAUGUUUGUCGACGACCAGCGAUUUGAACAGAAAAA